GGAGGAGACCUCGGCUAGACGAAAACCAAGCUAGAAUGAACGAAGGUUCUUUUUCAUACAAAGUUAGAGUUGUGAGAGAUGAGUCUGCCGUUGAGAUCCCUGUUUGUUUUAAGGCCUUUCAGUCUCUUUUUGGUGUUAAACCUUUUAGGCUACACAGAAUCAAGCAGUCAAUAAUGACCACUGGUAAAUCUCCCGUAGAUAACAGAGGAAAACAUUUUAAUCGACCUCGUAAAGUCCCAGAGGCUACACGCGAAGCUAUGAUGAGCUUUUUUUGUUCUUUAAAAGGUAGACGGGCUCAUUACAGCCUUCAUGACAGUACCAAAGUGUACUUACCUGAAAAUUUAAAUGUCAAGGAGCUUCUGUCAAUGUUUUUAAAUAAGAACCCAGGCAUGGAAAUUUCCUACGAGACAUUUCGACACACCUUUGUCACUGAGUUCAAUAUCGGGUUUGGAUACCCAAGAACUGACACAUGUUGUUUUUGUGACGAAAAUAAUGCAAAGGUUUCAGGAAUUGAAAGAAAGAUUGCUGCAGUGUCAGUUGAAGAAAAAGAAUCCCUACUUGAAGAAAAGAAAAAACUGGAGGAAGAGCAAAAACUGCAUAUUACUAAGGCAGAUUGGUUUUACAAGUUGAAACGUAAAGCCAAAAAAUCAGCAAAACAACGCAAUGAAGUGGAGGCUAUUGCGAUUGAUUUCGGGAAGAAUCUACCGACCCCCAACAUCUCCACUAGUGAAGUUUAUUUUAGACGACAGUUGACAUUUUACAUCUUCAAUGUACACAUCUUGUCCACUGGGGAAUCCAUCAUGUACACCUAUGACGAGACUGUUGGUAAGAAGGGAUCUGAUGAUGUUGCCUCUUUUUUGUACGAUUUUGUCCAAAAUUACCUGUCAAUGGAAGUGAAAACCCUCUACAUCUUUGCUGAUUCAUGCGGAGGUCAAAAUAAGAACCACACUGUAAUGAAGAUGUUGCACUACCUCACAACUGAAGAGAAACGGUUUGACAAAGUUAUAGUGACUUUCCCAGUAAGAGGACACUCUUAUAUGGAAAAUGACAAAAAUAUGGGAUUAAUCCCUAAAACAGCAAAAGCUGAAACACCUGACGGUUGGAGAUCUGUGUUGGAGAACGCUCGAGUAAAACCAUCACCCUUCACAGUGGUUUCUUGCCAACAGAAAAUGUUCAAAAAAUGGGGAGAGUUUUUGGCAUCCAAAGACUACAAAAAUAAGUUUCUCUUUGCCGUCAGACCGGUAAAACAACUUAGAUUUUUCCAAGAUAAAUGUCUCAGCUUAGAAUAUCGGAACGGAUACAAUGGGGCCUUUUUCACAUCAUCCAUAAAGAAGAAUGAUAGAGAGAAAGAAAGAGAAGAAAAACAAAGAAAAAAGAAGAACUUGCCUAGGCCUGAGCAUAUGGCUGAGCCUGAACAAUCCUACAAUGCACCCUUAGCACUGUCAAAGGAAAAGUGCAACGACCUAAAAGUCCUUCUAAAGUUUUGCGAAGAAGAAGGUUCAAAGGAAUAUUACAUGAACCUUUUUGUGGGAAAUGAAACAGCGAUUGAGGUUCCAGCCGUUGAUGUAGCCGCUCAUGAGACUGCAGAAGCUAACUUUUAAAGGAAGAAACCUCAAGUGAAAAUGUAACCUAAAGUGGAGGUAACCAAAAGUGUGUGGAGCUAACUAAAAGAAAGACGUUGGACCAUAUCCAAUGAAAAUGACAGACUUUCACAGUUUUCAAAUAUUUACAUAUAUCUAAGUUUUGUUUUGUCCUUUUUUCAAUCAAAUGUGAUAAUAAACCAGAAGUUAAAAAAUA